AUGCUCAUUAAAACGAUGGAGAAUAAUGAAGAAAUCCUUCAAGCACUGCAUGAGUUCGAGAGCGCAACAAAUGCUGAGAAAGUCCUUACACAAGAAUUAGAGGACAUGCUCUUGUACAUCGCCAAGACAGGGAGAGUCUUAUUUCCAUGGAAUUCAUUAAAACCUGUCUUCUUAUUUAAACUUGACAAGGUAAUGCGAGAAUUCUUUGAGAGCAGCCCAUCCAGGAAUGCAUCAUCUACUGAACCAACGGUUACAGCAGACUUUGAAGUAAUGAGGCAGAGACUUUUGGAUUGUCUGGAUUCAUUCACAAGUGCACCUUUUACUAUCCAAAGACUUUGUGAGUUGAUGAUGGAACCCAGGAAAAACUAUAGCAACAGUGAAAAAUUCAUGAGAGGAGUUGAGAAGAAUGUACUUGUGGUUAGCACAGUGGAUUUUGGUAGAGAUGAAGUUGCAGUCUAUGGUCUCACGAACAACAUUGAUGGGCAACACACGUUGUCAAAUGUCCCUAAUGGUCCAGUUACAAACGGAGUUAUGAGCUUAGGAGCCUCGUCUGAAGGAAGCUUUGUCGCAGAUCAUGGUUAUGACGAACGACUUUCACCUCAUGUCACGCCAGAUAACGUGACACAAAAUGUCACACCAGGCACAAAUGGACCUACACCUUUAAACGCCCAUGAAAAUGGACAUGAUACUCAAGAACAUUAUAAUGAAGCCAAUUCAACAGCUAAUUCCACGGGAGUGGAAACAGCAGCCUCGUUAGCUCCACCAGAACACGAAGUACGCGAAGAAAAGAGUGAAGUACUGAGUACGAGAGAUGGAGAACAUGUUGAACUAGAGCAGGCACCAGAAAGAGAUCUUAGUGAUGGGUUGCCUGUGACUUGUGCAUCCAGAAGUCCUGCAGAAGAAAAAGAAGCCGCCCAAGUACUUCAGGAAGAUUCAAAACAACCAUCAACAACGGAAAUAAAAAGUGACUCUGCUGAGCAACAGACUCUUGAAACAGAGACUUCAAAAAGCCCUGAGAAAAUCGAAACAAAUGGAGACGAAGAGCCGAUGGAUGAAAAUUAACAUACAGUUUACAUGUACUUCAGAUCAGUGAUAAUGUUCCUAUGUAUCAACAAAUGGCUGUUCUCAAUUCCUUCGAGUUCGAAAGACAAGUAACCUCACAAGAUGAAGAGAUCGUGGCCGCAUAAACCACAUUUUGAAUGACACCUUCAAGUUGUUCAGAACGAUCGUUCAAACGAAAGAACAUUCUAUUAUUCGUAAAAUUUUUAUUUUAUUAAUAUUUUGUUGGUUUGUUUUCUCAUUCAUUGUUUUAGUAGGAAAAUGUCUUUAUAGACCUCAAAAGAGAAUUUUGGCUUUAUAUUGUCCAAUCAAAUUGCAUUGCAGACUUUAAUGUUUCCUCUCUGCAGCCAUUACUUUGCAGACAUGUUUUGUAGGGUUUAACUUCUCACGUGUAUGGGAGUCAGACUUAAUUUCUUAACUAAUAGACGGAAGUUCUGCUCUAAGUUACUUUUCCUUCACUUUUGUACUUUACAUCUUCGCAGUUAACGCUAUCCAUAACUCUCAAUAUUGUAAACUUUCUUUACACAUUCCGUUUAAUACUAUGCGUUUGUCUUGAACGUGCGUGUUCGGGAGUUUCUAAGGUGUUAUUUCUGAUGUCGUUCGCCUUCUUUUGAAACUUCCUUGGUCGUGACUGCUACUUUCACGUAAUUUUUACCUAUUCAGUUAUCAUCAUUCAAUUCUUUCAGCCCUUUUCACCAACUCUUCAUGUUUUAUGUUCUCUUCCUUCUUCCGUAGCAUUUCCUCAAGGCUAUUUUUGAGACUUUCUCUCUAGUUUUGAUUCGAGGAGAGAGAGAACAUGGAUUUCAGUAACAAAAGUUUCCCAAAAGAGAAGGUGACGCUAAUAUUCGUCAGCUCUAUGUAACAUUAACUUGGGUUCAAUUUAACAAUAUAACAAAAGCUAUCAUAUGAAAGGUGGAAUUUUCUUUUUUUAUCUAUAAGUAGGAAUUGCCUUCUCUAAGUGUAGAAAGCCAAAGCAAAAAAUUAAAUCAGUCAAACAAUAUUAUUGACAAUUUUUCGUAAUCUGAAAUGUAUUGCUAAUGCAUUGAUCAAUUUGAAGCCUCAACAUCGAUGCACCCCCCCUCCCCGGGGGAGUUUGAACUUUUAAAGAUUGUUUCGUCCAAAGUCCCGCCUAACGGGGCAAAAUCUGAGUUGAAAUUAAUUUGUGUUGAAAUUUGAUGGCCAAUUUUUUUGUAACAGACUAGAUGAGCGGCCGUGAUUUUCUUCACAAAAUUGGUCGUUUACCUGUUUAAACACCCCCAUAUUAAAAGAUAAAACACGUGUAUUCCACGAAAAGAGUGGAGAGUGCCGCUUCAAAUUUCCCACCCCACCCAAGCAAGAUUCGAAUUUCACCUCCCCAGGUGGGAGGACAGAAAUGCUUGUGGUUGCCUAUAGUGGUGAUGGCGAAGCUUCGAUUAAUCGGUGCAUAAUUGCUUUUAAAAACUAUUUUUACUGUUCGAACUUGAAUUGCUGAGCUUUUUCAUAAUGUGGCGUUACCUAAGUUGCUCACCAAUCUCAUUCCCAGGGAAUUUUGGUCACUCUUUUUCCCGACCUAUGGUCAGGGGAACAAGGACUCUGCAGUAAGAUUUUUAUGAAACGUAUGAGACACUGAAAGAUUUCAUUAAAACUUCUAAAGUAACCCA